GCGUAGCGCGCAUGCGCGGUGCCGUCGCUGGGGAAACGCCUGGCCGACGGAAAAGAGAGAGAGCGAGAGAGCGAAGGGGGAAGUAGGCCGCGGUGGAAGCCGGGGACUCGCGUAGAUGUCUUCCCCGGAGGAGGCGCGGGUGGCCCCGGUCCCGGCGACGGACCUGCCCCCGGAGUGGGAGACGGACGAGGAGCGUAUGGCCUUUCUCUUCUCGGCUUUCAAGCAGAGCCGCGAAGUCAACGCCACCGAGUGGGACAGCAAGAUGGGCUUCUGGAGCGAGCUGGUGCUGCAACGGGGCCGGAGGAGGAGCGGGGGCCCCGGAGGAGGGGUCCGCACCUGCCUCAGGGAGCUCCAGCAGGCCUUCGAGCGGCGGGGGAGCGUCCCUCUCGGGCUGGGCACCGUCCUCAGGGAGCUGCUCAGGCGCGGCAAGUUGCAGAGGGAGUCCGACUUCAUGACCAGCGUUGACAGCAGCUGGAUCUCUUGGGGAGUGGGAGUCUUCAUCUUGAAGCCCCUGAAGUGGACCUUGUCUAGUGUGUUAGGUGACAGCAAAGUGCCAGAGGAGGAAGAGGUUCUGAUUUAUGUGGAGGUGCUUCAGGAAAAGGCAGAAGAAGUGUACCAUCUGUACCAGAAUUCCACACUUUCCUCCCAUCCUGUUGUCGGUCUGUCAGAGCUGCGUUCCCUUUGCAUCAGCAUCUGCCCAGAUGAAAGGACUUUCUGUCUGGUGCUGCUCCAGCUGCAGAAGGAAAAGAGGGUCACAGUUUUGGAGCAAAAUGGCAGCAAGAUAAUGAAAUUUGCUCGAGGACUUCAUGCCAAAGUGUCUCCUGUGAAUGACGUGGACAUUGGGGUUUAUCAACUGAUGCAAAGUGAGCAGUUGCUGUCACAGAAAGUGGAAUCCUUGGCCCAAGAAGCAGAGAGAUAUAAAGAGGAAGCUCGAAGUGCAUGUAAAGCUGGGAAAAAGCAGCUGGCACUUAGGUGUUUGAAAUCCAGGCGAAGAACAGAAAGACGCAUAACAGAACUUCACUCUAAACUGGACGUGGUACAAGGCAUUCUGGAUCGGAUAUACGCCUCUCAGACAGAUCAGAUGGUAUUUAAUGCCUACCAGGCUGGAGUAGGAGCUCUUAAGUUGUCCAUGAAAGAUGUCACUGUGGAAAAAGCAGAGAACCUGGUGGAUCAAAUUCAAGAGCUUUGUGACACUCAGGAUGAAGUAGCCCAAACCUUAGCAGGAGUGGGAAUCAAUGGUUCAGAAGCUGAUACUGAGGAACUGGAAAAGGAGCUGGACUAUCUCCUCUUGGAUUCCUCCAAAGAUCAUCUGGACCUGCCUUCCGUUCCACAGAAGCCAUUGGUUCCUGUGUCUGUGGUGCUUCCCAGUAUCUCAGAUGCUGAGCUUGAAGCAGAAUUGGAAAAGCUCACUCUUUCAGAUGGAGGAAUGGGAGAAAAGACUAAUUCAAACACCUCUGAGCCCAAAAGAGCUCUGGAAUUGCAUCUUUAAAAACUCUGUACCAGCUUACAUAAAGAUGUCUUAACUUCGGUGAUCAUGACUGCAGAGUAACUUGUGGAAUGUGGGCUAAUGGCCCCUCUUUCUAGACAGCACUUUUGUAAGAGACAGGAUGUACUGCCACGACAAUCCGUCCUCUUUCAUACAGAUCCCAGCUGCUGUUGCCGUUGUCUUUUUAGUGCCAAACUACAGUGUCUCUGGUUGCGUUUUUCACCUGUGUUGCCAGUCCUGGUUGCCCUUCUCUGGCAGUGCAACUCUCCUACUGGGAUUUUAACCUGUCACCCCACAUCUGAUGGCUUUCCUGCCUAUUUAAUGGACCUUAUCCUAGUUGUGACAGCCAUUAAGGAGAAACAGAAAUGCUCUUCACAGUUCUCCUGGCAUCCAGCUCUUUUGAAUCAUUGUGCAAAACUUUAGGCGCACAUAAGAUACAGACUGUAGUAGCGAGCUGUUGGCAACAGACAUACACACAUGUUGAUGGUCUUUCUAUUCUUCCUUAUUUGUGUUUUGCACGGUUGUGGACAACUUAGAUGUGUGACAGUUUUAAUGUAGGAGACUUUUAUUUGCUGUUCCCACAUGGGACUAGCAUCUGCAAACACAAAGUUCAGCUUAUCCCCUUUUCUUCAAAACUAGUAUAGCCUUAAAGGGACCUGCAAAGGGUUUAAAAACUAAGGUGUUUACUAUUGGUGCUUGAAGGUGGUAGAAGUCUUUUGAUGUUUAAAAAGUGCUGGUCAGUUUACCUGCAGGAAAACCAAACAGUGUUGCCUUCUGCAACAUUGAGUGCUUCCUUUAGUACUCUCAGGGGAUCAAUGGCAUGCCUUUGAACCUGAAGUAUAUAGAGGGUGGAUUUGUAUUCUCUGAGAGGUUCAUCUGUAUUGGGAGCCCUUUAAAAAUAGCAGAGCCUUGGAUCAGUCGCUUUGUACUUUGACAUCUUGCCUACAGGAUGCUGCUGAUUCUUCUCAACAGAAACGAAUUAAUCUUAUGGGAUGGAGAAGCUAGUAGAUAACAUGCCAGUGCAAAUAAUUGGGAUGGCUUUUCAUUAUGCAGAAAAAAAGUGCAAUUCUUCUUCCCCUUUGCAGAUCACCUUUGACAAUGCUGUGUGUGCAUAUGACAGGGCACGCUUGCAGCCUUUCUUGGUGGCACUUUGAAGCUAAAAGAAUGGAGUUGCUGAAAGAACUUAUAGUUUGCCUACAGAUCAGUGCACUGCGCAGCUCUCUCUGAAGUACAUAAAGGAUGGGAACUGGAUAUAUUGAGGAGCUGUGGUGAGCAGUGGCAGUCAGUAAACUUACCACCUUCUCAAAGAUGGAUUAUUAUGCUCUUAGGCAUAAUGGCCUUCUGCUGUCUGCUGCUUGACUGAAUGAGUGUUGAUUCAGUCCAUGUAAUAGGAAAGGUUUUAUGAUGGGGGAAAUAAAGCUGCCUGAAUUAGGGGGAGGGAAACCAGCUUGUAUCUUCAGUGUGCCGUGCCAGAGUAGAUACUGUGCUGCUUCCCCACAAACUCCUCCUGGGUUGCGUUUCCCUCUUUCUCACAAGUCCUCACCUCACAUGGCCUUGUGGUUGAAAAGUAGAUGAAAGAAUUAGGUGGUAAACCAUAUUAUGGUGUUGUGCUUCAUUUGUUUAGAAAGCAGAUGAGACAAAAAGUAAUUAUUGAUUUGUUUUUGAUUUUGGGUUUGUUUGUUCUUUUUAGAAAAGACACCAACGAUACAAUAAAGGGGUGGAAAAACAUCUGGCUUCUAGUCUUCUGUGUCAUUGCCUAUAGUACCAUUCACUUUGCAUAUUACGUCUCCUUCGUUGUCUAAUUUUGUUGAAUUGUAUUGCCUGUUGAACAUCAGGAGCAGCGCCUGGACAAAAGAGCAUGUGGAACAAUUAAUGUAUGGAUUGUAUCUUGGAUUCUGUAUUUUUCCAACACCUCUUUCUUCCUCCUAUUAAGCAAACUUGUUCUC